GCUACCACUGAACCCUCAGAAAAAAAGAAAACGACUGAAAAGACUGAAAAGGAACACCCGCCCGCACACCAUUUGCACACCUUCUUUCACCCACAACCAACCGACAACCCCCACCCACCCCUUGCAAUGCACUCCCUAACCUCCGCCCUAACCUCCCUCCUCCUCCUCCUCUUCCUCGCCUUCCUCCCACACCUCUCCAACUCCGCCCCAGGCUACACCCGUCAAGACCUCUCCCACCUCGCCCUCCUCCCGCCAGACCCCGACCUCCCCAAGGAAAACAUCCACCCAACAGAUAUCCUUAUCGUCACCACCGUCGACGGCUCGCUUCAUGCCGUGCAUAAACCAACGGGAACAGUGUUGUGGACUAAAGGGGAUACUUGGGGCCCGCUGGUGGAUGUUAGGGAUGUUGCGGCUGAGGAUAGAAUGAACGGAAACGACGAGGACGGGUUUGGGACGACCGUGCCCGAUGUCGUCGCAAGGGAUGGGGAUGGAGGGAACGCGGAUGUCGCCCCGUUUGUGGGUGGGAAUCUCGAUGGAGACGAGGAUAUGCCUAGGGGAUUGUAUAUCCCCGAACCGACCGGCAACGGGGAUUUGUACUAUUAUGAGCCGGGGAAGGCUAUAAGGAAACUCCCACUCCCCAUCAAGAAGAUCGUAGACGACAACCACCCCUUCAUGUUCGGGGACUACGUCUUCACGGGCAAAAAAGUGAACCGACUCCUCGCCGUGAGCCCCUUGACUGGCGAUGUGCUUCGCACUUUUGGUGGGGAUGGCGCUGAGGAGGGGCCUGCGAGGUUACCUGGGCCGGCGGAAACGUCGUACUUGUAUAUCGGGCGGACGCGUGAGUAUCAUUUGACUUGAGAGUGGGGGUUCCGGAGGUGGUGUGAGUCCAUGGCAUCUGACGACGGAUCUCACUUCCUUCUAGAAUACGUAUUGAGCAUGUGGGAUAAGAAGAAUACGAAAUUGAGGUUGAACAUCACCUACGGCGA